AUGUCAGACGGAGAGACGAUGAGUGAGGCAGCAGGAGGAAUGGAGGCGCGAGUAGAGCAGUUAGCGGCGAAGCUGGCGCAGCAGGAGGAGGCCAUGGCUGCUCUCAAGAGCGAGGUUGACGAACUGCGACGCGCGGUGGCGCAGGCCGCAGACGCGAAGGGCGCUGAGGCGAAGGUUCUAGAGGCGAAGGGCGCAAAUGCAACGGGCGCAGAAGCAGAGGGCGCAGAGGCAAUGCGCACAGAAGCGACGGGCGCGGCAAAGGGCGCAGCGGCGAAAGGAGCGUUGGAGACGGGAAGCCACGGGGAGACGGCAAAGGGCAAGGAGGCAGGAGAUGACCUCCCGGCGGAGCCUUGCUAUCAGAAAGAUUUUAUUCCCGUGCUUGAGAACCUUAUAACGGGAGGCUUUGUAAAGAUUAUAAGAAGUGAGCUUGCGUCCACGGCGGAGGGUUUGAAGCAGCAGGCGGAGACAGUGCGGAGCGAGGCGGCCGGCGCGGCGGGCGCGCUCAAGGCGGAGAUUGCGCGGAUGAAGGCUGCGGCUGAGCGCCAGGCGGCGGAAGUGGCGUACGUGCGCGCGACGGCGGCGCACGCUGAGGCGCGGGUGAACGAGUUGGAGCUGGCGGUGGCGGAGUGGAAGAGCACGCGGGAGAAUGAACGCGCAGAGCAGGGGCGCGCGGGGCGCAGCCAGGCCGGGGGAAGCGCGGGGGCUCAAGCAGGAGCGGAGACGCCCGAGGGGAAGAGGCGGAAGCUGGAUGAAGCGGGGAAGGCGGAGGAGAUGGCACAUGCUGCUGCGGGCGGUUGCGCACUCGUUGCCACGCGUGGUGCUUCCGAUGGAAAGCAGGAUGGGGCGGAAUGGAAGGCUGGCUUGUCGGGACUGAGGACUCGGGUGGAGGGUCUGCAGGACAGAGUGGGUACGCUGGAGAGCAGGAGCGCCGACCGAGGGGUUCUAUGGGAGGCGCUGCUGACUCUCUGGGCCAAGGCAGCGCCGCAGCAGACAGAGGUGACCCUCAGAGGCAUCUCCACCCUCACAAACGGCGCCCUAACCCGUCUCACCUCGUUGCGCCAGCUCAUAACCGUUGACCUUGGAGACUCCUCAGGCUUCUCCGCGGUGGGAGUGCGCAAGCUCUACUCCCUGCCAUCGCUCAUGCAUCUGGAUCUCACGGGUUCAUGCACGGACGCUGCUCUUGAGGGUAUUGACCGCGUGAAGAGCCUGCGCACUCUGAUUCUUUUCAACAGCACGGUCACAGAUGUGGGGCUUGCAAGGCUGGAAGGGAUGACAUCCCUCCUGAAGCUUCAGCUGGGGGGAUGCAGGGGAAUCACCUCUGCUGGGGCAAGGCACCUCCUCACCUCUUCUCACUUCCCAACCACCCACUACAACCUCCCCCGAUACCUCGACGUUCGUACGGUCACGAUUGCAACGGCGAUAACAGGAGCCAUGUCACACGGAGUGCCGGUGACGGUCCGACCGGAGGAGGUGGCGGGGGGGACGGUGAGUGAAACCGCAGGAGGAAUGGUGGCGCAAGUAGAGCAUUUAGCGGCGAAGCUGAGGCAGCAGGAGGAGGCCAUGGCUGCUCUCAAGAAGGAAGUUGACGAACUGCGACGCGCGAUGGCGAAGGUUGCAGACGCGAACGGUGCAGAGGCGAAGGUCGCAGAGCCGAAGGGCGCAGAAGCGCAAGCCGCAGAGCCGACGGGCGCAAAUGCGGAGGGUGCAGACGCGAAGGUCGCAGCGGCGACGGGCGCAGCGGCGAAGGGGGCGUUAGAGAGGGGGAGAAACGGGGGGAAGGCAAACGGCAAGGGCGGGGCGGGGAGUGCAGCGGCAGGGGAUGAUGCCGCAAAGGCAGGUCACGGCGACCUCCCGGCGGAGAUUCUAGAUGGGAAAGAAAUCAUUGCGAUAGUGGAGAACUUUAUAACGGAGCACGUAGUUGGAUUAAGGGGUGAGCUUGAGUCUCAGGCGGAAGGUUUUAAGCAGCAGGUGGACGCGGUGCGGAGCGAGGCGGCGGACGCGGCGGGCGCGCUGAAGGCGGAGAUUGCGCAGGUGCGGGCUGCGGCGGAACGGCAGGCGGCGGAAGUGGCGUACGUGCGCGCGAUUGCGGCGCACGCUGAGGAGCGAACGAACGACUUGGAGCUGGCGGUGGCGGAGGGGAAGAGCGCGCGGGAGAAGGCGCGCGCGGAGGAGCGGGGGUGCGCAGAGACGCCUGAGGGGAAGAGGCGGAAGUUGGAUGAAGCGGGGAAGGCAGAGGGGGUGGCGUCUGCUGCUGCGGGCGGUCGCGCACUUGUUGCCAAUCGUGGUGCUCCAGAUGGAAAGCGGGAUGAGGGAGAAAUAAAGGCUGCCCUGUCGGCACUGCAGAAGGCGGUAGAUGGACUGCUGCGCAGAGUGGAUAAGGUGGAGGACGGUAAUCAUGACAGAGGAAGGUUAUGGGAGGCGCUGCUGACGCUCUGGGCCAAGGCAGCGCCGCAGCAGACGGAGAUGGAAUUCAUAGUCAACCACCUUGCCGUCACCUCUCCCUCACUCCCCGCCGUCGCCUCUCUUCACCCCCCACCGUCGCCUCUCCCUCCCUCCCCGCCGUCGCUCCCCCUUCCUCCUCCUCGUCGCCUCUCCCUCCCUUCCCGCCGUCGCCUUUGGUGGGUUGCUGCACGACCACGCGUUGUUUUCUUAGGCACGGUUGUCUCAGAAGGGGAGAGAGGGAGUGUGAGGGAGUGUGUGUGCACGGGAGCGAGCACGCAGGCGCAUAGCGCGCUGGCGCCUAACGGGCUGGCGCCAAACGCGCUGGCGCCUAGCGCGCUGGCGCCUAACGCGCAGGCGCCUAGAGCGCUGGCGCCUAACGCGCUAGCGCCUAGCGCGCUGGCGCUUGCUGCGCUGGCGCCUAGCGCGCUGGCGCAUAGUGCGCUGGUUCCUAGCGCGCUGGCGCCUAAUGCGCAGGCGCCUAGAGUGCUGGCGCCUAACGCGCUGGCGCCAAAUGCGCUGGCCCUAGCGCGCUGGCGCCUAAUGCGCAGGCGCCUAGAGCGCUGGCGCCAAACGCGCUAG